CUGAUUCAAACGAUACGCAGCCCUCAUUCGUUACAUUUAGUGUUCACUUUAUCUCUGGCCCAUAAAGAAAAGUUAAUCCGUCACUAACCAAUUUUACAAAAUCGUUCAUUAUUCCUGAGUGAUCUCUAGGUACUAAUCCUUCCGCGUUUGGGAACAUUACUUUGUUUAAGAUGGAGUCGUUACAUUAUGAUUAUGAUCCGUUCGUGUUUUGGAAAAUGUGCAUUAUUAGUGACUAUAGAUCGACGAGGAUUUUAAUUGAACCAUGAAUAGCAGCAAAUGAACUGAUCGGGGGUAGUGAUCAUCAUGUUACACAGUCGCACCAGUUAAUCGAUUCGAACGUUAAUGCCGGAGAGUGAUUCUCUUAGGACAAUUAGUUCUGGUCUAGUUCGCACAAACUCUGAGAUUCUCCAAAACCUGGAAAUCUAUCAUUUUCCAACUGUUGCUCAGUACGUUCAAAGUGGCUUCUUAAUAAUUUUUAUUUUCAAAAAAUGAACUUCAGAAUCAAAGGCUUAGGCUCUUUUGACCGCGUCUUUCUUUUCGUCCCCGUACUGUUAUUUUUGGGUACAGUUACUUUUGAAGUCAACGCUGUUUUCUACUUGGAGCAGAGGCACAGCUUGGAAAUGGACGACGAUCUUUCGGAUGUUAAGUGGCAACAAAUCGAGAGUGCCAAACAUGCCUUGUACGAGUGUGGGAACCAACAGCACAAGAGUGAUGACCGUGUGAAGCCCCGUUUCACGAUCCAGUGUAAGCAAGUUACGGACAUGAUGCUUCGGCAUCGAAUCUCUCACGAAGGCAGCUUCUACGUUGUGUUCAAGCCUAUGCUGACUAAAUGGGCGUAUCUACAUCUGGGCGGGAAGUUUGUGCGCCGCGGGUUAGAGUUUCCAGCGGAUCUGCGAGUGGGAUUCCUUCCGAACCCGAACAAAAAGGGCAUUGACUUCCCGAUGUUUGCGCCCUAUGGUAAUCAAGAUGGUCUACUGGGACUUUUAGCCGUGCUCCAGCCCCUGGAGGCCUUAAAGAUCCCGCGGAAGGAUAUCAUAGAAUUAGUAAUAUACAUGAAUACCGUAGUGAUUUACAAAGUGGAAAUGGCCUGCUUAUGGACGCUGUCUACGUUUGUCAAGACGCUCAGGAUUUUCAAGGAUUCCUUGUUGACCUUCCAGAUUCAAGGGAUGCAAGGUGGACUCAUGAAAGCGGAGCAAUGGAAUAAACUCGCGAGACUAUUUUUGAAUAAGAUGAUGGAUCCUUGCGCGCUGCCUCAGGAGUAUUUGAGAAAAGCGGACGAAACGAUGACCGCGGAGGAGAUGUGCCAAACUUACUGCGAUUACUUGAUGACGAUUAAAUCGUAUUUUCAAAUCAAAAUUCGUUGGUGCAACAAACUUAGCAGUAAGAAAGCAAAUUGUGUAAGAGGAGCAUGUACGUGUUACACUGGCGCGUGGCAGUGGGUCCAGGCGCGAAUGACCGGCUGCAACAACUCGUAUCGCAAAGAACUUGACAGAUUAAUCUCAACAAAAGUCCCCUAUCAGCAGGCGGUGCUAGCUUUGGAACAGGCAGAGCUACUUGAUUAUGAUUAGCUCUCGAAGCAAUGAUAGUUUUGCACCAAGUGAUGGGACAGCUUCAUUUCAUAGCGCGCCCCGCCAACAGAAGCGGAUCCAGCAAUUUGGCAACACCGGAUCCAGCAAUUUGGCAAC